UCUUGUGGACAUUUUUAUUUAUACAUUAUUCAUGUGAAGAAUGAAGUUGUUGAAAUAUGGGAUUCUCUUUAUGAUCAAUUUAUGGAUAAAACUGAACGUGAACGAACAACACAAAAACUGUUGCUUGCCAUGGACAAAUUCCUCGGGGUUGCCAUGUUCACAAAAUUUCUCUGGACGAUGGCAAUCAAUAUCCCAUUACAGCCUAAUGGAUAUGAUUGUGGUAUAUUUGUUAUUAAAUAUAUGCAACAAUCAGAUAAUUUUGUGAGGCAAAAUCCCUCAUUUCAGUUUGACAGUAAUAAAGAAAGAUUGGAUUUGGCUUUAGAGUUCCUCAACAGUGACUUAAACCAAGAAAAGAAAACACUAUAUGAUAAAGUAGCAAGAAGAUGCAAGCAAGGCAAAACUGCAAUUGAAAGAAAGUGGGUUGAUACAUGCAAAACAUUAUCUGAAGAUGUUGGAAGAGGGGCAUGUAUGGAAUUGGUUGCCUCUGAUAAUAGAGUCAAGAGAAAAAAUGCUAGCUUGGAAAAAGGAUGUGUUAAAGGUUAUGAAUUGCCAACAAUUGAGUUAGUGGGCAAGAAGUUUCAAAGUUAUGCUAAACAAAUAUGGAAAUGGCUAAUGGAAAAUAAGGUGUCAACAAUUGGGAUAUGGGGAAUGGGAGGAGCAGGGAAAACAACUUUAGCAACUCAUGUACAUAACAAGCUUUUAAAAGAAGCUGGCGAUGACUUUGACUAUGUUAUUUGGGUUACAGCAUCACGAUAUGAUACCAUUUAUGAGUUGCAAAAGGUCAUUGCAAGAUCAAUUAAUUUAGACAUAUCUGAUGAGCAUGAUGUGAAAAGAAUAUCCGGGAAAUUGGUGCAAGCAUCUAAGCAUUUAAAUAGAUGUGUCCUUCUUUUAGAUGAUGUUUGGGAUCCUAUCUUUUUAGAAGAAGAGGUUGGAUUUCCUGUUUCGAAUAAUGGGAUUAAAUUGAUUUUGACAACUCGUUCAUGGGAAGUGUGCCAAACUAUGAACUGCUUGAAGAGCGUAAUAGAAGUAGAACCAUUAAAUGAAGAAGAUGGUUGGGAAUUGUUUAAAACAACUCUUGGAUCCCAUAUGAUGCAAUCUAGUGAAGUGGAGCCUAUAGCAAGUACUGUGGCUAAACAAUGUGAGGGUUUGCCCCUUGCAAUUGUUACGAUAGCAAGAAGCAUGAAGGGAAAAGAAGGGAAAAGAGAAUGGAGUCAUCUGUUGGAAUGCCUUCAAAACUUGGAUAAGGGGCAAAGUGAUAUGGAGGAGAGGGUAUUUCCUGUGUUGAAAUCUAGCUAUGCUUGCUUAAAUAAUAAAUUGCAAAGAUUUUUUUUGUACCUUGCAUUAACUGGCAAGGAAUGUUUUGUUGACAGUAAUUUUAGAUGUUUGAUUAGAAGAUUUUUCCAUGAGGAAUGGAUAGAUGAGAAAAAGAGCUUGGAGAUGCAGUAUAAUGAAGGUUACACCAUGAUGAAGAAAUUAAAGAAUGGCAGUUUGCUUAUGGAAAUAUAUGAUGGGGAAUUUUGGAUUAUGCCCAAAUUGCUGAGGGUCAUGGCUAUUAAUAUUGUAAAGAAGACUGAUGAAAUUAUGGACAAAUCUGAUAUGAAUUUGACAGAAAUACCGGAAAAUGGUGAAUGGCAUGAAAAUUUGCAAAAAGUUUUUUUGAGCAGAAAUGAAAUACAGAAAAUUGUAGAUGGCACAUCUCUUAGGUGUUCUAAACUUUCCACAUUGCGUUUAGAUUGUAAUUAUGAUCUCAAAUGGAUCCCAGAUGAUUUUUUCAACAACAUGCCUCUCUUAAAGUACUGGAUUUGUCUAGGACUGGCAUCGAGUGUUUGCCCGAAUCCAUCUCUAACUUGCAGGAUGAGGAUUCUGCUGACGUGGGCAUUAUUAUCACACCUCCUCGAGGGCAUUUCUGUAAUAUCUUGCAAGUCGAUGGAAGAGAUAGUUGGAGAGGAUUGUAGCAAUGACAAUAUUCUCCCUACCAUCACCCUCCCCAAACUGAGAUUUGUGUACUUGUAUAAGCUACCAGAAUUAAAUUCCGUGUUCAGAGGAACCAUGCUCUGCCCUUCUCUGAAAUCUUUUCAUGCCGUCUUUUGUGAGAAACUAAGCCACCCUUCGAUAGAAAUUGAAGAAGGACAUGAGCUUCUGAUGAAGAAUACCAAGACUGGAUACUGUUGGAGCAGUGAUGAUCAGAACCAAUCUGAUCAGGAGCUCAAAAAUAUGGUUGAGAAGGACAGAGAAAAAGAGAACGAGGAUGAUGAAGAAGAAAAGAAGGAGGAAGAGGAGGAGGAAGAAGAAGAGGAUGAGGAUGGGGAUGAGGAAGAAGAAGAGGAUGAGGAUGGGGAUGGGGAAGAAGAAGAGGAUGAGGAUGAAGAUGGUGAAGAGGACAUAAAAUUGUGGUUAAAGGCUACUGGCAGUAAUUAAUAGGAGUUACAUUUUUGGCAUUGAAUGCGAGGCUCGUUCAUUUCAUAACUCUUGUUUUAUAAGAGCAUCCCUUGCCUUUCAUUACAUUACAGGACUCCGUCAAGAAUUUUGAAAUGGGUGUGUAUGUACAUUAUUUUGAUUAUAUCAAGCGGAACUUCAUAUAAAUAUUAACCAUACCAAACCAA